CCUCCAGCGGCAAUAAUAUUGGAGCGAAUUAUUUAUUCACAAAGACAACCAUGUAUAAAUAAAUAAGUAAGUAAACAAACAAACAAACAAACAAACAAACGAACGAACGAACAAAGAAAUACAAAAAGGGAGUUUAAACAUCCAGCACUUGGCCAGCGCAAAUACCUCGAGCUUCCAUGCACACACACUGUUUGACCUUCGCAGCACGCGCUGGUUUGAUUUGCGUGGCGUGCCCAUCCCGAUAGGCGCUGCAACAACACAAAAGUCGGAUCCCCAUCCCCGUGCGUGCGGGCACAUCUUUCCAGCACAGCCUCCCUCUUCGCGCUACCAACAUCCCUACCGAGCCUACCUAGUAAACCUCUGCUCCUCCCUGCCUUCGAGUCUGCGCUCGACUGUAUCGACAUGGGCCCAUGGUCUGACCCUUCUGCUUCCGGAGUACCAAGUCGUCGUCGAAUGAGCUCCAUCUCCGAAGAAUAGGCACGGUCACGGUGCCUUUCCCUGCUCAAGGCACUCUUUUGUGUUGUUUGUGUUUUCAUGAUUCGAGCAUCCUCCCUCUUCCUGUCUUCAACCUCGUCCUAUUCGUCGUUCUCGGUCCUGCGACGCACGAAAGACGCUGCAGCAUCUCCAAUGGCAUGUCGCUGAAUGCGCAUUGAAAUCUACGCUCGAUCUCAGCGGACCUGUAACUCGAAAUCCUCCGAACUGCUCUUCCCCCGCAAGACGACCAGAAGGUUUUCCCACGGCGGCUGUUUGAUGCGCAGAAAGACAGCUCAGGACUUCAACUCAGCCCCUCAGAUGCCGACGACUCUGCAGCCUUACAUUCCAACCAAAUACCUGCCAGGGUCCGCGCCUUAAGCUUUUUUUUGCCAACAAACGAUCCCGAACCUUUUGAAACCAAUAACAUACAAGUUCCUGAAUCAUGGCAGAUUCCAAGGGCGUCUCGCCCGAGCCGGGAUCAGGUGGUCGAAGACAGAGAGCGCCGACAAUAACCAUAGACACUUCAGCUGUCAGUAAUAUCAGCCCUCCGCAGUCUAUGGACAGUGAUGCAGUUGCUUUGAAAGCUAUGCCUAACUCGCCAUCAACACUACAGGGUGAGCCAGCCAGCCCUCUCGAUACUGGGAGCCAUCCUUCACGACCUCAGCACUCCAGUCAGAACAGCACCGCAAGUCGGAUAUCCGUACCAGAACUUCGAGCAUCGACCUCCUUCGAAAGCCGAGAUAGCAGACCUACUUCACCACAUAAUGUAUCUUCACCAACGUCGAGAGGAGGUGACAAGGCGGCUGGUGGAUUUCUGGCGGUACCUGGACUGAGAUCAAGACAAAAUUCUAUUGAGUCCGACGAAGGCAAUCAUUCAAGCACGAACUACAGUGGAGAGACCUUUGCAAAUGGUACGCAGGUGGAUAAGGACCGAGCAUUCGGAAAGCCACCUGGAAAUCACGAAAUCAUGAAUGAUCCGGAGGCUCUGACUCCAGACCCAGGACACGAGGAAGAUUUCGUGACGGACGAAAGCAAUUUUGCCUUUUCCCAGGGGCAAUUGAACAAGCUCAUCAACCCCAAGAGUCUGGCCGCAUUCUAUGCUUUAGGUGGCUUGGGCGGAUUGGAGAAAGGUCUAAGAACAGACCGCAAGGCUGGAUUGAGCAUUGACGAAAGUGAUUUGGACGGAACAAUCUCAUUCCAGGAAGCGAAGGCUGCUGCGAGAAACAAGUCGACGAUUAGUUGUGGUGACGACUCCAAGACCCCAAUUACCAGAAUAGAUUCGAAGGGGUCAAGAGAUUCGCCAGCUAGACCUCCAGCGACUCAAGACGCAUUCUUUGACCGGAAGCGCAUUUUCAAGGACAAUCGCUUGCCCGUGAAGAAGGGUAAGAGCUUGCUACAGAUUAUGUGGAUCACAUAUAACGACAAGGUUCUCAUUCUACUAUCCAUUGCUGCCGCCAUCUCUUUAGCUGUUGGUCUAUACCAGACAUUCGGUACGAAGCAUGAUCCUACUCAUCCCAAAAUUGAAUGGGUGGAAGGAGUUGCUAUUAUUGUGGCUAUCGUUAUUGUGGUGGUCGUGGGAUCCCUGAACGAUUAUCAAAAAGAACGGCAAUUCGUCAAGCUCAACAGGAAAAAGCAGGAUCGCGAUGUCAAUGUCAUCAGAUCUGGCAGAACUCUUGAAAUAUCCGUUUUUGACGUUCUUGUUGGAGAUGUCAUGCUCUUGGAACCUGGAGAUAUGAUUCCUGUGGAUGGUAUAUUCAUUGAUGGCCAUAAUGUUAAGUGUGACGAAUCCCAGACCACUGGAGAAUCUGACUUGAUCCGCAAGCAGCCUGCCGAUCAGGUCUACGCUGCUAUCGAAAACCAUGAUAGCCUCCGAAAGCUCGAUCCAUUCAUUCUUUCUGGCGCUCAAGUCACUGAAGGUGUCGGCACUUUCCUGGUUACCUCUACUGGCGUCAACUCUAGUUACGGAAAGACGCUUAUGUCUUUGCGGGAAGACCCAGAAGUCACCCCCCUACAAUCGAAAUUGAACACUCUGGCCGAAUACAUUGCGAAGCUCGGAGGUGCUGCUGGUCUUCUCCUGUUUGUCGUUCUGUUCAUCGAGUUCUUGGUCCGUCUUAAAGGCAAUACCGAUAGCCCUACUGAAAAGGGCCAGGCAUUCCUCAACAUCUUCAUUGUUACUGUCACUAUCAUUGUUGUGGCUGUCCCUGAAGGUCUGCCUCUUGCUGUCACACUUGCUCUGGCGUUCGCUACAACGAGAAUGCUGAAAGACAACAAUCUGGUUCGUCAUCUUAAAGCUUGCGAAGUUAUGGGAAAUGCCACUUCGAUAUGCUCUGAUAAAACUGGCACAUUGACACAAAACAAGAUGUUAGUCGUUGCUGGCACUAUUGGGACAAGCUCCCGUUUUGGUGGCACGGUUGAUAUUCCUGAUACUUCCGAUUCUGCUAGUAAUAAAGGCAAGCAACCUGAUCAGGAACCACGAGAAAACGUUCCAACUCAGGAGGUCAUUUCUUCUUUGGACCCAGCAGUCAAGCAGAUGUUGACGCAGUCUAUUGUUCUCAACUCGACAGCCUUCGAGGGUGAAGUUGAUGGAGAGAAAACUUUUGUUGGGUCAAAAACUGAGACUGCUAUGCUCAUCUUUGCAAGAGACUUCCUCGCUAUGGGGCAGGUUAGUCAAGAGAGAGCCAACGUUCCCAUCGUCCAACUUAUUCCAUUCGAUUCUGGCCGGAAAUGCAUGGGCGUGGUUGUCAAAUUGGAAAAUGGAUCGUACAGACUCUACGUCAAGGGAGCAUCGGAAAUUCUGCUGGAGAAGUGUUCGGAGGUUAUCCACGACCCUACCAGAGAGCCAUCUAGUUCACCCAUGACCGACGACAACCGCCAAACCCUGCUUAACCUGAUUGAUAACUAUGCUUCCCGAUCCCUUCGAACUAUUGCCAUGGUUUACCGCGACUUCGACCGAUGGCCGGCAAAGGGAGCAAGAACCGCCGAAGGAGACCGCAACGAGGUUGUUUUUGAAGACGUUUUCAGAAACAUGAUUCUCUUGGGAAUUGUCGGCAUUCAGGACCCACUUCGUGACGGAGUUGGCGAAGCUGUCAAGAAAUGCCAGAAUGCCGGUGUCGUUGUGCGCAUGGUUACCGGAGACAACAUGAUCACGGCAAAGGCUAUCGCAACCGAAUGCGGCAUUUUCACUGCUGGCGGUAUUGUCAUGGAAGGGCCUACUUUCCGGAAGCUAAGCAAAACCAAGAUGGACCAAAUCAUCCCACGCCUUCAAGUCCUCGCAAGAUCCAGUCCAGAAGACAAGCGCAUUCUUGUUAAGCGCCUCAAGGAGCUUGGUGAGACUGUGGCUGUCACGGGUGACGGAACAAACGACGCACCCGCACUGAAGACUGCCGACGUCGGCUUUUCAAUGGGUAUUGCUGGUACUGAAGUUGCGAAGGAAGCUUCUGCUAUCAUUCUUAUGGAUGAUAAUUUUGCCUCUAUCGUUAAAGCUAUGAUGUGGGGAAGAGCUGUCAAUGAUGCUGUCAAGAAAUUUCUCCAAUUUCAGGUUACUGUCAACAUUACUGCUGUCUUGCUCACAUUUAUCACUGCUGUAUCCAGCGACAAUGAAACAUCUGCACUAACAGCUGUCCAACUGCUGUGGGUGAAUUUGAUUAUGGACACUAUGGCAGCUUUGGCCCUCGCUACAGAUCCUCCCACGGAUAGCAUUCUGGACAGGAAACCGGACCCAAAGUCUGCGCCUCUGAUUACGAUGACAAUGUGGAAGAUGAUCAUUGGCCAAUCAAUUUACCAACUCACGAUCACCCUGAUUCUUCACUUUGGAGCUGAGAAGAUCUUAUCCUACGACACGCCUCGUGAGCAAGCCCAGAUCAGUGCCCUUGUUUUCAACACUUUUGUCUGGAUGCAGGUUUUCAACCAAUGGAAGUAAGUGCUAUCGAGUUCCCCCGACUGUAUCAGUACUAACAAGUUCAGCAAUCGUCGUCUCGAUAAUAAGUUCAAUAUCUUCGAAGGUAUCACCAGGAAUUACUUCUUCAUUGGUAUCAAUUGCGUUAUGGUUGGCGGCCAGGUCAUGAUCAUCUACGUUGGAGGAAAGGCGUUCAAUGUCGUUCGUCUUAACGGCGCUCAAUGGGGUUACUCCAUCGUACUUGGUAUUCUGUCUAUCCCAGUCGGAGCAGCUAUACGUCUCAUUCCAGAUGAGCUAUUAAUCAGAAUGAUACCUGCCUACCUCAAGCGGAAGCCAAAGGGACCGGAGCUCACCAUAUCCGACGAGGAACAGCAAUUCCACUUCCCUCAACCACUUUCAGAUGUCAAGGAAGAGCUAAGCUUCUUGAAGAAGGUCAAAGGUGGCCGUUUGAACAAUUUGAAAUUCAAGAUGCAGGAUGCUCGGGACAACUGGCUUCCUCGCUCAAGAAGCGGUUCACGAUCAAGAAGCAAUUCAUCUCUUCCUCAGACACCGAAUAACGGAGAGGUUCAGGACGAUAGCUUCAAUACCCAGCCACCUCAACCAACUCCUGAAUCUCGUAAACGUGGCAGAAGCAACCGAUCUCGGUCCAACUCGGCGCUUGGAGCAACUACAGUCAUGGCUGGUAUUAUUGCAGGAAGUGUCGCUGGUUGGUCUCCGAUCGAGCGGGGCUAUGGUGACAAUGAAUCUAUGCGUUUCUCACGGUCACAAGGACGUUCCGAGCUGGAAUCCAGAGACGAUGUCGAGAUCCAUCCAGACACCAAGCAAGACGAUCCCAUCAUCACAGAAAAUCCUCAUAACCUUGGCCUACCACCUAGCCAAGUCCCAGAGGUCUCUCCGUGCGCUGCCACUGACAGCCAGGACCCACCCUCACCACCAACGCGAAAAUCUACUUCGUGAAGCAGUAUUCCACAAUCUGCGAAUUCUUCACAGAGCUCUCUAAGCUCCUCUCUACAUGACCCAUCGGAACAACACACCCUAUCGAUCUGUCAAUAAUGUACCACUAUCCGCCCUGCAUGAAUUUUUCCUUUGUACAUAAUACCACAUCGUUCAUCCAUUUCCGAACGAACACUCAGUCCGCCAGCCAACAGCGUUUUCCGGCGCCUAGGCGUGUUUCCUAUCAUAAAUCCCCGCAAUACAUCAUCAGUAAGGGCCACUGGGUCUUCUUGUCCGUCGGGUGGGCUAUGAAAACAAUGCUGAUGAAGCUACUCUUAUUUCAUAUUGUCUCUCUCCUUCUUGUGUAACGCUACGUUGCGGUACGUGGCUGGAGGUCAGAGAGAGUUGGGAAAGAAACAAAUGGGGGAGGCGAGGAGAAACACUUUAGAUUUCUUUCUUGUACUGCCCCUCAUAAUAUCUGUUGAUAAUGGGGGGAGGAGAGAGGAAGAGAGGUCUAAUACCUCACUGUCGCUACUUACAUAAUAGAUGGUGGAGCGGAACAACAGAGGAGAGUGAAGGGGAAAGGAAGGGCAAAGGGCGAAUGAUAGGCUGCAUCGCACCAGGUUACCUCGUUGCUUGGAGGUUGGCCAGGGAUGCUGCGUGUGGUUCAUUAGGUAGCCGAUGAUGGCCAGACUGACGGCCUCAUACUGUAAUCCGAGUACAUGCAAUAAAAGCGUCAUUGCCUGCC